UAACAUAAUUUUAUGGAUAAUUUAAAAUAUCUUUUUAUCGGCUCUGUAUGACACAGGAAUAGUCUGUAUGUGACAAACGCCGUGUGUAAUGGUUUCUUUAUAGACAUAAACCGCGGGAUAGCAACGACACUAUCGACUCAGUCGGCUAAAGCACCAUUUUAUACGUGCACACCUAAUCCCCCAAUCUGUAUCUCGCCCCACUUUGUAAGAAACUGACAUACAGUUUUUGGACGUAACAAUAAAUUAAAUUUUCUAAAUCAUUAAUGUUUAACAAAGACACGCGAGUAACAAUGACUAUUUCGGAGAAUAUCGUAACUCUGGUGUGUUUACUUGGUAUUCUUAUGUGUUGCUCGACGACGUGGGCACAGGACCCGGCACCAUUCGAUCCAACGGUCCCGAUGAUUUCUCAGAUCAUAGACUGGGAGGGUCAGCCGGCGCUACGAAACUCUACCUUACUGCAGGUUUUGGCGACCAUACAGCAACUACAAGAUCAGGACCAGUCGUUUUUUGAUUCAGGCGUGGAUUUCUCCAAGGGGUUCAACACGAUCUCCCAGCAGUCUAUUUUCCUCAACACCAAGCAGCAAGCCAGUAUCCUGGGCAGACGACAGAGACAGAGAAUUGCCCUCAUUAACCUCCUCGCAAGACAGUUCAACAUGUCGCGGACAGACGUGUCCAGGGCUCUAGGUGGUCUUCUCGCGGGCUCGGACCUGUCUCACCUGACCACCCAGGGCAAGGGCUGUCAGCCCGGGUUCUCCUUCACGUGCGACCAGAAGCAGAAAUACCGGACGGCGGACGGAACGUGCAACAACCUGCAGAACCCGUUCUGGGGCAAGUCGUUCAUCGCCAUGAGGCGGUUCGUGAAGCCAUUGUACGAUGACGGCGUGUCCUUCCCGCGUGCAAGGGGCAGAAACGGAGGUGUGCUGCCGAGCCCCCGUUUCGUGAGCUCCAUGCUGCAUGCCUCGAGACAGCCGAUUCCUGAUGAUGAGUUCGUCACCCACAUGGUGAUGCAGUGGGGGCAGUUCCUCGACCACGACAUCACCAGCACGCCAGUUCACAGAGGUUUGUCCGGAUCUGCGGUCACCUGCUGCGUGGAUGAUCUGGUUCCUGCCAAUCUGAGUCAGGCCAUCCUCAACAAUCUCAGACACAGAGAUAUCUGUUUUCCUAUAGCAGUGCCACGGAAUGAUCAUAGGUUUGGUCACCGGUCGUGUCUCAACUUCGUGCGGUCUAUCCAGGUGGCCAAUGCGGACUGCUCGGAUGUUCCGGUUGAGCAGCUCAAUCAGCUAACAGCGUACGUGGACGGUUCUCAGAUUUACGGGUCGACAGAGGAGGAAGAGAAAUCUCUGAGGACAGGAAUGAACGGUCAGCUGAAGAGCUCGAGGGACGGACUCCUGCCUAGAGAGGAGAAGGAGAUUUGUGAGAUGGACAGACCAGGAGCCUUCUGUUUCAAAGCAGGUGACGAGCGCGUCAACGAACAGAUGGGCCUGACGACGAUGCACACGACGUGGAUGCGACAACACAACCGGAUCGCCGCCGACCUGCAGACUCUGAACCCGCACUGGGACGACGAACACGUGUUUCAGGAGACUAGGCGCAUCGUGGGCGCCAUGCUGCAGCACAUCACGUACCACGAGUUCAUGCCGUCAGUGUUCGGUCAGUCCGACAUGAAGGCCUGGGGCCUGACGUCGCCCAGCUGGGGCUUCCACGACGUUUAUGACCCGGAAGUGGACGCCAGCAUACGCAACGGGUUCGCGACAGCCGCGUUCCGGUUUGGCCACUCGCUGGUUCGGUCGUUCAUGUCGCACUACACGCGGGACUACCAGUUCGACGGCGACUCGCUCCUGCAGCACAUAUUCGGCAACACGUCCGUCAUCCUGUCCAACCACAACAGGAUCAACACCUUUCUGCGCGGUCUCAGCGUCGAUCGCGCAAGCAAGAUGGACCGCUUCCUGUCGAGUCAGAUCCUUGACCAUCUGUUCGAAGACAAGAAAGGAGACGCCCUUGACCUUGCGGCCUUGAACAUUCAGAGAGGUCGUGAUCACGGACUUCCGGGGUACAAUCAUUGGCGGCAGAUGUGUAAACUUACUGUCGCGACGACCUUUGACCCCGAUCAGCCAAAUGGACUAGUAGAUCACCCGUACGAAGAUGCCGAGAUUUUAAGUUCUCUGUACAGACACCCAGACGACAUCGACCUGUUUCCCGGGGCGAUCUCCGAGCGGCCUGUCCCCGGCGGUCUCGUGGGUCCUACCGUCACGUGCAUCCUCGGCAAACAGUUUGCCUUCCUCAAGACUGGGGACAGGUUCUGGUAUGAGCGUAAAAACGAAGACACCGGCUUCACAUUAGAGCAGCUGAACAGCAUCAAGUCGGUGUCGCUGGCUCGCGUCAUGUGCGACAACUCCAACAUCGAGAAGAUUCAAGCUCACGUCUUCUGGAGGAUCGGGAUGGACGAGCGGUAUAUGAACCCAGUGGUCGGUUGCUGGUCACUUCCGGCUCUUGAUCUGACUCUCUGGAAAGACAAUGGAGCCUAUUGGUCAAACUGGUCCGAGUGGUCGCCAUGUUUCGCCAGCUUCCGUCAUCGAAGUCGAACUUGCCCGAACGAAGUGACUAUGUGUGACGGUCCCAACACACAGUUCAAAAAGUGUUCCAAACAAUCGUGCGAUAAAUUCGUCACUCCAGAAGAUAGAUUCAACUGUCUAAUGAAUAUAGCCGACAUAUUUGACUUUAAAAAAUAAUUCGGCAACACGAAUUUUGUUAUUUGUUUAGUUUUUAGUGAUUUUUAUUAAAUUUGGCAGUUUUUCAAGACAGUGUGCCAGUUAAAAAAAAACCCACCCAACUAUACUCCAGGUUAAAAUUAUUUGAAAACAAUCCGAACUUUACUAGAGUCUCGUGUCUAGACUCUAUAAACACUACACCAUUCAGGGGUUUGUGAAAGGGGGAGGCCCGGACUUGAUAAGAUGUUUUUAAAGACGCUUUUCUUUUUUUUUUCGCUUUUUUUACGUAGACGAAUAAAAGAGGGUUCCCCACUCGACGUCUCCCCAUGAAUUAGCGCCUGCCAUUAUUUUAAAACAAUUUAGAAUGUUUAGAAUCAGUUUCUAAUAACACGGAAAAUUGUGAGCGACAUUCUUGUGAAGUGUCUGAAUCAAAAUAAAAUAAUUCAAAUUCAUAUUUAGACCGCCUUUCAAGUGGCAGUACCCCCUCCCCGUCCCGCCCGCUUCCGACGCCUUUGUAGGCCUAUUUGUAAAAAAUCAGGUGAUUUAUCAUGAGUAUGAGGCUGGUCAGUGCCGUCAUUCGAGCACAUCGCGGAUACAGAGUACAAAAGACUCUAAUAAAAACAACAUUAUCCUGACCUUUUGUUCAGCUCUCAAUAACACUUGGUAAAUUAGUAUCCUUGAUUAACCUUUGAAUAAAACAAAUUAAUAUUU